AUGACAGAAGUGAAAGGAACUCCCAUCAUUAAAGGUUCACGAACAAUGCAAAUAACUGGUUUAUAUAAAGGACGGGCAAUUAUUAUAAAAGACUCUUACAGUGUUAUAAAUAAGAAGCUUAAACUAUUUCCUGCUAUGUUUAACUUACAAACAGGACCGAAAGAAGUAUUUCCAUAUAACUACUACAGCAGUGUUUUGUUAGCAAAUGACAACAGAACUGGUGUCAUUUCUGAAGCAUGUAAGUUUAUCCGGGAUGCAGAUACAUUUAUGAAAAACAUAGAUUCCAUCAAAGGUUGCAGAAUAGAUGAGAACCACUUCGACUUAGAAAAAUAUAGCACGUUUUACUGCAAACAAGAUGUAAGAAUUUUAAGAGAAGGUUUUGUAAAGUUCCGCAAUGACUUAUUGAAAGAGUUUGAUUUAAACGUUUAUGACUACGUUAGUAUUUGUUCAAUUGCUAACAAAUUGUUUGAGAACAGAGUAUACUUCCCGAAUGGAAAUCUUUAUGACCUCUCAAAUAAACCAAGAGAAUUUAUUUCGAGAUGCAUUCAAGGUGGAAGAUGUAUGUUGUCAGAUAACAUGAAACAAAAGAGCAAAAAGAAACUCAUUGCUGACUUCGACACUGUUUCAUUAUAUCCUUCAGCUAUAGCAAGACUUUAUACUUUAGAAGGUAUUCCAAAAGUAUUGAAGGAAGAAAUGUUAAACACAGAGUAUCUCAUGAGACAUUUAUUCGAUGAUGACCAAAAGGAACCCAUUGGUGAAAAGUUUAUGUCUGGCUUCUUUGUUCUCAUUAAGAUAACAGAGAUUGGUAUACCCAGACACUUUCAUUUAAUAGUUUGCGACCCUGAACUAAAUCCAGAACUUAACGUUCCAAGAAGUUCAAACACUUGCUGUCUCAUGUAUGUUGACCAUAUAACAUUACAAGACCUCAUAAAAUAUCAAGGUGUCAAAUGUGAAGUGUUGCAAGGAUACUAUUACGAUGGAAACAGAGAUAUGAGAAUAAGAGAUGAAGUAAAGAAGUUGUUUGAGUUAAG